AUGGCAGGACUGAAACACACAACAAGUUUGAAUUCACACCGUCCAGUGAUUACUCGUCCGCCUCCCGUUAUCGUACCACCCACCCAACUGAACAUUUCUUCGGAUCAAGAAUCGCUACCGGAUCCAUUUUUCUCCCCAAAUGGAACCCUCACUUCUUCGAAAAUCUUUGGAAAUCCACGCUAUAGCAUUGUGAGUGGACACUCGUUAGAAGAUGGCAGCGAUCAUCACAUUGCUCAAGACAGAUCCAUCUACGACUAUCCAGUACAUCAAUGUUGUCGUGGCAAUCGUGCAACUCGAGAGAAUAGCAAUGUGCGCGUCGGAUCUCAGUGUUACCCCUACCGUCCAAACUCGAACUGUGCUCUUCUCGCGGACUGCUCGCCACAUUUGUUCACAUCUUCACCGCUGGGUCCCUGUGAUUAUACACCACCUUGUAUUGCAUGUUCGGUCGCUGAAGAUUCACAGAUAUGUCAGGCGUCUAAAAUGCAAUGGUACAGUGAAACAAGGGAUGGGUUGAAAAGUGCAAGGUCGACUGCUGGGUGGCUAUUCCACUCUGGUAUGAAUUCAGCGACUGUGAGCCCUGUGAUGUCAACCCCAUCGCUUCUACGGCGCGGUGCAGCUUCAUCCGUGAACAGCUCCGUGCUGAGCAGUAACAGUUCUUCUGAAGCGGAAUCUGUGAAGCCUUUCACCUGCAUACCAGAGUAUUGCUUCCCAUCAUCUGAGAGCCCCUUAGAGGGCUCUCCUGAUCUCCCUCUACCUCCAGCGGCUUAUGCAGAUUCUGACGAGGAGCCCUACAUCUGCACUAAGCAAUUUCCUUGUUCACAAAACAGUGAUGGUGCUGUUAGUGGUGAGGUUUCUUUAUUUCAAUGA